AUGUAAAAUGCAGGUACAUUUAAAAAGAGGUAAUGCUUAAAUAUAAGUGACAUAGGAAAUUAAAAAGUUGAAACAUAAUAAUUAGCAGAUUUCAAUAAAGGUACUGCAUGCAUAAAUGAAACAUUGUCAUUAUAGAGUAAUAUUUUUUAAGUGAAUGGAAUUUAUUAAGAGAAAAAAGCAUUACUAACAGUUGUUAUUAUUACUGAUAAAGGUAAUAAGGCAGCAGGCUAAUGUUCAAUAGAUUUCUCAACAUAUUUGAAUCAACAAAAAAAUGAUGUCUAUGAGUAAUUUCAUUUAGAUAAGUGUCCUGAUAAGCAUGCAAAACUUUUCACAAAAAUUAAAUUUAUACUAUUAGGAGAAGUUGAUAUUGACACAAUUAGUACAGCUUAAUCAAUCGCAGAUGAACAAACUACUGAUAAAAAGUAGCCAGGAUAGACUCAAGAUAAAUUAGAAACUGAAAGCACAGCCAAGAAAAACAGUAUUGAAUCUCAAUAGAUUAAACCUUUAUAAAUUGAUGAUUCUUCUAAAUAAAAUUCAAAUAACACUCAAUAAUUAAGCGAUAAAGAGUAAGCGAUAAAUUUAGCUAAGCAGGUUAGUCCUUUAGCUCCAAGUCCUUUAUCUUAAAUAAACAUUUAAUAAUUAAGCGAUGAAUUAGGUGAAUUAAGAAAGGUUAAUGCUGAAAUCAAGGAUCAAAAUAAUUUAUUAAUCCAAGAAAUUCAAAAAGAAAAGCUGUUGAAGGAUGAAUUAAUUUAAUAGUUUCAAAAUUUGAAGCGUUAAUUAGAUAACAGCAUCAAUAUCAAUAAAUAUUAGGACUAAAUUCUGGAUUAUGAUAAAAGAGCAUAAUAACUAAAAGAGGCCUUACAAGAAUCUGAAAUAAGUAAAGAAAAUCUAUCUAAAUAAUAUCAAUCGACUUUAUAAUUGUAUUCAGGUUUGCAAGAUGAGUUUAACACUGUUAAAGAGGCAUUUUUAAUUGAAAAAGAAAAUGCAAAGACUUUUAUGGAAAAACUUCAAGAAAACCAAGAAAUAUAUAAAUAAAAAGAUGUUGCAAAUUAAGAAUUAACUAUUAAAAACUAAUCACAAUUAUAGAGGAUAAUAGAUGUAGAAAGUUAAAUUAAUUUAUUAAAUUAAUAAAUUCUAUCACUAAAUAGAUAAAAGGAGGAAAGCAAUAAUGAGAUUUUAUAACAAAAGGAUUAUAUUAUACAAUUAGAAUAAUAGAUAUAAUAGUAACACUUUUAAUGUAGCUCAUUAAAUGAUCAAAAAAAGAGUAUAGAUUAAUAAAUUUAAUAAUAUUAGUAGUAGAUUUAAGAAUUAUAAUCCUAACUUUUGAAUCAAUAGUAGAAGAUGAAUUAAAUGAAAAUCCAAUUUUAAUAGGAUUCUGAAUAAAACCGUAAGGAAUCUUAAAUAAAUAAUCAAAAAUUGUAAGAUUAUUCAUAAAAAAUAUCUGAAUAUGAAAAAUUACAAAAUGACACCUAAUUGAAAAUAGAAAAAAUGAUAGAGGAGCACUCUCAAGAAAUCAAAAACUGUUCAGAAAGUAUAUACUAAGGAGUAAUGCCUCAAAUAAAAUAGUUAAAAUAAGAGAUAGCUUCAUUAGAAUAAGCAAAUCUUGUUUAAUUAGAAUAAUUAAAGGUUCAAGAGUCCAAAAAUGAAGAAUAGACAAUUAGAGAAACAUAACUUAAAUAAAGUAUUCAUUCGAGUGAGGCAUAAUUAACAUAAUUGUAAAAAUUAAUUAGUGAUAUCUUUGGUGAAACUUAAAUUUUAAUGAAACAGUUUCUUAAUUAAGAAAACUUUGAGAAAGAGACAGAACUUCCAAAUAUAUUAUCAAAACUACAUUCUUAAAUAAAUUCUAAAAUUAAUAAGUUAUAAUCAGAAAUCGAUUUAUUGAAUUCUUAAAUAUAAUUACAAGAUGAAAAAUAUAAAGAUAGAAGUAAAAGUUAGUAAGAUUGUUUAAUUGAUCAAUUAUCAAAUAAGAACUGCGAGAUUAAUGAUCUAAAACUUGCAAUUGAAAAUCUAAAAAAUUAGAAUUAGUUCUUACAUCAUGAAAAUGAAAAUAUAAAGAAAAAUGUAAAUGAAAUAACAAAUUAAUUGGAAUAGAAAUAAAAUGAAUUUUAAUAAUUGAAAUUAAUCAAUGAGGACAACAUUUAAACGUAAACCAAACAAUUGAAAGAUUAAUAAAAUUUAAAUUAAGAAUUGCAAUUGAAGUUAAAGAAUUUCGAAUCUGAGUCUUAAGAGAUUUAAAAUUCAUAAUAAAACAAAAUUAAAAAUGCCGAUGUGAAGAUCAACGAACUUUUAAAUGAACUCAAGCAAUAAGAAAAUAUUAUCAAUGAUUAAAGCCACAAACUUAAAGAAGGUAAUAUGAUAAUUCAAGAUUAUACUAAGAAAAAUUAAGAAUUAUUGAAUAAAAUUUAGGAAUAACAAUAUUAAAUUGAAUAAAAUACAUUCUAAUAAUCUUAAUAUGAAAUAAAGCAAAAGGCAAUUCAGUAGGAAAAUGCUGAGUUACAAGAAUAAAUCAAUUUAUUAAACCUUUAAUUAUAAUCAUUUCAAGAAAAGAUCCCUGAAGAGGUACAAAGAAAUGCAAAAGAGUAUGAAGAUAUUAUAAAUGAAAAUAACUAGAAAAUAUAAGAAUAGUAACGAACGAUUAAAUAGUUAGAAUAGUAAAUAAAAGCUUAAAUGGAAGAAUAUAAGCAAAAUUUAGAUUAGUAAGAAUAACUCCAUAAAAAAGAAUUCUAAAAACAAAACGAAUAUAAUUAAACUACGAUUUAAUAAUUAGAAGAGGAAUUGAAAAUUUCCAAAUAAGCUUUCUUAGAAUAGAAAAUUAAAAUUGAUGAAUCCUAAUAAAAUUAAAAUUAGGAUUAGCUUUAGAAUUCUUAAUCUAUAAUAGAAAAUCUUUAGCUAGUAAACAAUACAAUAAAAUAAUAACAUCAAGAAUUAGAACUUUAACAUAAUAAUUUGAAAUAACAUCUUGUAUAAGUUGAUAAAAAAAACCAAGAAUAAUAACAAUUGCUUGGAUAAUAGUAAAAUUAAAUCACUACAUUAUAAUAGAAGGUAAAAGAGAUGGAUGGUAUAAUCAAAAAUUUAGAAAUCGAAAAAAAUUCAAUAUCUAGCAAAUUGACAAAUGAUUUGUAGGAAUUACAAUAAUAGUUGUUCAGUGAAAACGAUGAAUGGUAAAAGGAAAAAGAAAUUAUUUAAAAACAAGUAGAAGACCUUGAAGCUUAAAAUGAGGGAUUGAAGGAGACAUUGAAAGAAAAGGAAUAACAGUUACUUAUGAUAUAAGAAUAGAACAUAGCAUUAAAGAGUUAAAAUUAAUUGUUGAAUGAAAUAUAGUAGAAAGUGUAAGAAUUAGAUAAGGAAAACAAAAAUAAUAAACUUAAAUGGUAACAAUAGGUUGAUGAAAUGAAUAGUAAUUCUAAUCUUUAAAUUUAAAAUUUAACAAAUUAAAUCUAAAGUUUGGAAUAAUAAUCUGAAGUAUAUAAAGCAGACAUCAAUGAACUAAAGAGAUAGAUAAAUUAAAAAGAUGAUGAUAUCAAAUUAAUAGAAGAAAAAAGUAAAUUAGACAAUUAAUAUUUGAAUUCAAAUUAUAAUAAUAAAUUAAGAGAAUAGGAUGAGUUGAUAUAAUAACUCUAGACAGACUUAUAACAAUUUUAGCAAAGUGAAGUUGAAUAGCAAAGUUUAAUUAAAUUUUUAGAAAGUGCUAAAGAGAAUUUAGAAAAGUUGUAAAUAGAGAAUUCAGAAUACACAUAAAGGAUCUAAUUGGCAAAUGAUAAAAUGAGUGAGAAGAUUAAGGAAUAUGAAGUUAAAAUUAUAUCAUUAAAAGAAACAAUAGAAAAUUUAGAGUAAAGAUUAAACUAGUUAGAAUUUGAAAAUUCAAAUCAUAAGUAAUAAGUUCUAUAACCUGUCGUAGAGAAUUUAAUCGAAAAUAAAUCUUAAAAAGAAUCUAAUUAAUUAAUAGAGUAAUUGCAAGAUGAAAUAAUAUCUUUAAAAUGCAGAAUAGGAGAUAUGUUAAAUACUGCCUCAGAUAUUGGAGGUCCAAAGUUGGUGGAUAGAUUAUAAUGUGCUUUAGGGAUAAAAGAAUGA